AUGGGAGAAUCGGCGCAGUGCCCGAGCGCCAAGGGCUUGUCCCAGUGGCUAGCGGUCAUCUUUGUCAUCGGGGCCGUGGCUGGCAUCGGUACCCUCGCCCUGCCGUACGCCAUGAACGAGACCGGCUGGUCGGGCACCGCCAUCAUUGUGGUGUGCGCCCUGGCGUCCGGCUACGGCGGCUCCAGGCUGGGCCUGUGCUGGAUCAUCUUGGAGGAGCGCUGGCUCGAGUACCGGGAGGCCAACAGGAACCCUUACCCGUGCAUCGCUUUCCGGGCCUACGGCAAGCCCAUGAAGAUAGCUAUGUCUCUUAUCCAGCUGCUCAGCCUGUUCGGCUACGGCACGGUGUUCCUGCUGCUGGCUGGCGAGCUGAUCAGCGACCUGACCCGGCAGCUGUCCCACGAUACCCUCGAUUGGUCCAUCUGCUACUGGCUCAUCCCCAUCGCUGUCGUCCUCGGUGGCCUCAUGUGGCUUGGUACGCCUAAGGACUUCGGGUUCGCCGCCUUCGGAGCCCUGGGCACCAUACUGUUGGCGUCCUUUAUGGUAGUAGGCGUCUGCUGCUCCCGGAUACUUGGCGGCACGGCGGCGGGGCCUCGACGCAGCGAGCUGAGUGUAGGAGGCUUCUUUCGAGGAUUCGGCACCAUCAUGUUUUCGUACAGCGGAGCGAGCAUGUUCCCCACGGUCCAGAACGACAUGAAGGACACGUCACGGUUUUCAGGCGCCGUAGUCUACGCCACCAUCGCGCUGGUGCUGUUGUACCUGCUGCUGAGCCUAAUGGGGUUCCUGACUUUCGGUAGUGACGUCCAGGCCAACAUCCUUCUGUCCAUCGGAGAUGGUGUGACCAGCAUUGUGGUUCAGUGCCUGUUUAUCGUGCACCUCAUUUGCGGCUUCCUCAUCCUCAUCAACCCAAUGUGCCAGGAGCUCGAGGAGCAUAUCGGCGUCCCACCUGAGUUCACGUGGAAGCGGGCGGCGUCGCGGUCCUUCUUGAUGCUUGCCGUGCUGGUGGUGGCCGAGUCGGUGCCGCAAUUCGGCAAGGUGCUUCCGCUGGUCGGCUCGGUCGUGGCGGGACUGACCACCUUCAUCCUGCCCUGCGUCUUCUACUACAAGCUGUGCAGCGAUACAAAACGGGAGUGGCCGGAGAGGAAGCUACCGCUCUGGGAGAAGUCGCUGAUCGUGGAGAUUGUGAUCGUGGGAGUGAUCGGCACUGUCGCUGGCACGGUGUCCUCGAUCCAGGACUUGCUGGCUCCUGGCUCAUUUGCCCUGCCAUGCUUCAUCAGCACAGAUGUGGUCAUCUGA